AGCAAAGCAUUUUGUGCAUACAAUACAACACCAUGCUCCUGGUGGCCCACCUGCGAUCCGGCUGAGCUUGGAUUUAUGAGUUUGUUUGGAUUCGUCGCUGCUGGAUUGAUCCCGUUCAGAGGACCUCACAGUUCAGCGGUGGCUCGUCGACUCGGAACCGCGAUGUGCCAAGAACCGAAGGCCAGACUGUUCCGUUUGUCGCCGCCAGCCUCCAACGGGUCGACGGUCCGUCAGGAGACCCAAACAGACGACUCGGAAAUCCUGCGAUGCACGGCGAAGGCGCUGAAAGACAGUCACGUCGUCGCGGUGCCCACAGACACCAUCUACGGCCUGGCGUGCUUGGCCCAAAACUCGGAGGCUGUCAGGAAAAUCUACGAGGUCAAAGAACGGAACGGACAGAAGCCGCUGGCCAUCUGUGUGGGAGAAAUUAGAGAUAUCUAUCAGUACUGUAAGGUAAAGGUGAAGGAGGAGCUGCUGCACGAUCUCCUGCCUGGUCCCGUCACUCUGGUUUUCGAAAGGUCUGAGGAGCUGAAUCCAAGUCUCAACCCUUUCACCUCACUUGUAGGCGUCCGUAUCCCAGAUCACGCCUUUUUGAGGCGGCUUUGCCAGAUGUGUGGGGAGCCACUGGCACUGACCAGCGCCAACAUCAGCUCGCAGACCAGCACAGUGGAAGUUCAGGAGUUUCAGGAGCUGUGGUCAAAGCUCGCCGUGGUGGUGGAUGGAGGACCAAUAGGAGACCACACCCGGGAGGGGUCGACGGUGAUCGACCUGUCGGUUCUUGGCAAAUACCGGAUCAUCAGACCGGGCUGCCCCCAGAUCUAACUCAUAGAACAUCUG